GAAUGACUACAUAUAGGCAUUUGCCAACUUCAGUUACUGUAGCUGGUAACAUGUUUCCUGUUAUAUCUUGAGAUAUUUCGGUUGUGAAUGUUCAUCCUGAGUGUCUGGAAGUUGUGCGUACCACUUGUAAUAUUGCUUUAUGACGUUUGAAUUAAUAAAUAUUUCACCCCGCCUAGAUUUUCCAUUGCUGUAUUUUCAGGUGCAGUGGUCGGAAAAGAGUUGUUUUGUUGUAUAUUCAUUAAUGUAGUAAUCAUGUUUAUCUUGCGUAUGGUUUCAAAAACUCUUUAUGGAUAAGUACCCUUUUCUUCUUAAGAGUAAUAUUCAUGCCUUUUAGGGCUAGACUUCAUUGCAAUUAAAUUUUUGCUGAGCUCUUGUUCUUGAGCUCCACGCUUGUAUUUAAUACUACUAUUUUCAUAUAAUGUCUACUAGUUUAAUAAUUUGUAUGUAUGGGUUGCCAGUCAAUUGGUAGUUACAAUUAAUAGUUGCUCUCUCUGUAACCGGAAAACAAGGCUGCGAUCUCCUUGUUUGGUUAAUUGCUUAACAAGCAUGCUCUUCUUACGUGAGAGAUGUCUAUUUAUAAGUUUAUUUAAUGCAAUAAUUUUGCAUUGUGAUUUAGCUUUCACGUUGAGAUGGUUAAUCCCUCCGUUAGAACCUCAGUUUCAUUUGAAUGCAUUUAUGCCAUUCUUCUUUGAAAUGCAUUAUCUUUCCAUUUUAUUGACAUCCCCCACGUCUCAUGAAUAUAUUUGUGUGCCAUUUUAGUAACUUGCCUUUUUCUGUCUUGGUUGCCACUUCUUACAUAUCCACCAUUGCAGAAUUCUUAAGAGUAAUGCCCAUAGUUAUGAAUUAUGUUCUGAUGUUGGUUAGAAAAGAAAACCAUUUCGUUUCAUUUCUCGCCUUCAUUUGCUUGGUUCUCAUCAUGCAGCCUGAGUAACUCCACAAUUAGCCACACUGCCUGGUCGUUUUUGGGAUUGUCCCCUGAAUAUUUGGCCUUCAGGGGCUAACCUAUAGGCAAUGAUGAACCAUCAAGGAGGAAUGAGUCACGCGAAUUGUAAUGCUAAUAACCAAAAGAAGGUCAAUCAUCAGUCCACUGGAGCACUGGAAUUGCUUCCUACUGCAAGUUCCCUUGCGGCAGGUGACCAAAGGUUCCCUGAUCAGGUUUUGGGGUCAAAUCAUGUCAGCUAUAAAGAGAGUAUAAAUAUUGUUCCAAAUAAUGAUCAGUGUGCUGCUGUUUUUCCCCAUGAGUCAUCUGAAGCAUUGAGCUUUUCUUCUUUAACUUCCCCUACCAGAAAUGUUAAAUGGUUGCCAGAUGGGCUGUCUGGAUCAAUUGAUCUCCAUUGUCAAGCAAGUAAUAAUAGUAUUCCAAGCAUUGGUGGCAGUGCUGGUGUUGCUCCUCAAAAUGUUGACUCAGUUGCAGAAUAUGCUCGGAACAAUUGUUACAACAAUUUGAAUAUGUCUCUGAGUUUAGGCCUUCAUUCAUAUGGACCAGAAAAUCAGAAUACCAGCAACUCUUAUACAACAGUAAAUGAUCAUGGAAGAUCAAGUUCUACAGUGCAUGAGCAGGGUUUGGAUAGCAGCUCAGUGAAUAUGAGGCGUUUAUCCUGCAAGAGAAAGUCUUCUGAACAUACUGUCAGAGAAUUGUUAGUGGGUGAGAGUUCUAGCACAGCUGCACAAACUGGGAUUCCCAAACAGGGGGCUUUUGAAGUCCAUGGCAGCAAUUGCCUAGACAUAUCUACUCCUUGUACCAGUCCUGUUAGUCAUCAAGAACAGUCUGAGACCAUUAUUGGUCAUGGUACGAUAAGGCCAUGUUCUGAUAUGCAGCAUUUGAAUAGAGCCGGACUAUCUGAAAAUUUCCAAAGUGAUGUUCAUCAUCAUACAGCCAGAAAUCAACAAGCUUUUUUACCAACCAACAUUUUGUCCUCAGAUUACAUGAGGAAUGCUCAUAUCCUGGUACCCACUCAGUCACUUUUGUAUGGCCAAGACAAUCAUCCUCCUUUCUUCAGGUUUGCAGAAAGUUCUAUUUGUCCGAUUUCCUCGGUGCAGCCUGAUGAGCAUGUUCCUAAUCUUCAUGAAACUUCACAGGCUCCCCCCUGGAUUCAUAUGAUGAGAUCAAGUAGUGGUUUUUCUUCAUUUUUGCCUGGCUAUACUGCACUGGAAAGCGAGGCUGUGGCACCCUGUCAUUACCCAAGAAACACAACUGAAAACAUCAUGCCUAACCAGCAAACUGAAAGGAGAAAUUGGGCACUUCAUGCAAGAAACUCGCAUUUUGUUGAUGGAACUGCAAAUGUCCAUGGAGAUUUUUCCUGUCCCCUUCAUCGUUUUAUUUCUGGUGUACUUCAUUCAGAAAAUACCCCUACUUGGUUCCCAGGGUCCAGUUUUGCUGAUCGUAAUGUGCUGACACCAUCAAGAAUUGUGAAUCAUACUGUGCUUGCAACUGCUGGUUUCCCUAGGCAUAUUCACAACCCAGCAGAUUCAGACCCUUCACCAGUCCUACAAGAAAUGAGCUUUGCCGUUGGACUUGGUAAUGCUGUAUCCCAGAAUCAGCAUGCAUCAGAAGCAAGAUCUGAGAAUCACACCGCCCCUAAUUUUACAUGGUGUCUUGCUAAUUCUCCAAAUGGAAUGAGGCUGAGGCCUGAGAAUCUGUAUACAUCAGAAGCAAGAUUGGAGAAUCAAGAUGAUAGCUAUGAUGAUCACCUUUAUCAUUAUUUUUGGUCACCUGCUAAUGCUGCGUAUAGAAGGAGGCUGAGUCUUGAGCUUCACAAUCGCCUUGCACAUCUGCGCAGUGUUGACCCCUUGCAGCCUGUGCAGAUGAUUCCACUGGAAUUGAGGAUGUUGGACCAUUCAGUAGUAAUGGAUAUACUUAUGGGGCAUAACACCGUAAAUGAAGCGCAUUUUGAUUUAGACGAUUGGACGUUUGAGGAUCUUGCUGGCCUAACAGAGCCUAUUGGCGUACCAGAGGCGGGGUUGAGUGAGGAAAUGAUUCUCAGCCACCUUAGUCAGGAAAAAUUCCAGCCCAUCCCAGAUGGGUCCGAGGAAAAUGAAUGCUGCUGCGUAUGUCAGGAGGAGUACCAAGAAAAUGAAGAUCUGGGUAAGCUGUGGUGUGGCCACAGGUUUCACGUAGACUGCAUUAAGCCAUGGCUAGAGCUGAAGAACAGCUGUCCAAUCUGCAAACAAGUUGCGCUUCCUGUUUUCCCUGAUUCUCCUUAAAUUUCUGUAUCUCUCCCUUCAUGGGACGGCGUUUGACUUUGGCAAGCUUAAGGCCUUGAGGCCUUUGCUUUCCCUCCCUUCCUACCCUCUGAUAAACAGUUGACAUAAUGGAAAGUGGUUUCCCAACAGAGGUGUCCCGCAGCUUUGUUCAUAUAGGAUUAUGCUGCUUUUUGUAAAGCAAACUUCCUGCUGUUAGAGUUUGGAGUAUAAUUUGCAUGUUUUAUUUGCUUUGAACUCUCUAAUUAAUGCCAAAAUAGAUAUGAAUUUCUUGCCUUCU